UGUGCGUGGCUAUUGCGUUUGUGUGACUGCGUGCACGCGCGAGGCGCUUCCACUGACAGUCAUUAUGCCACUAAAAGCUCCUCCUGCACUCAUUUCCUAAUCCCUUAUCUCCGCUAAUACCGCAACUGACAUUUCCCCACGAGCACCAGCUGCCGUCGACCAUCGCAACUAAAGUUCCGCGUUGAGAAGGUCGCGUUUGGAUAAGCUGUUGUUUUGUUUUAGUCUAAGGAGACGAGAAGCUGCUCGGCAUGGCCUCGUCCGAGGAUACAGAAGGCUCUUUGACUCCCGUGGAUUUUAUCCAGCUGCAGCAUUACAUGGAAUAUAGCAGUCAGAGGGUGAAAGAUGUGAUUAAGGAGUUUCAACCUGGUGGUCGGCUGGCCCAGCACAGCUUUAAAGAGCGCGUGGAUGCAGUGGGUUUCUGUCUCUUUCUCAAGACCUACCUAGAAGUAGAUGACUUCCCUGCAGACUUCUGCCAGCGUCUUUUUCACUAUUUUCAACAUGUGGAGCAUGAUACUUCUGGCAAGAGCCCUCUGCCUGAAGGAGGUGGGGUCUUUCUUCGUGAUGUUUCCUGUUACUUCUCAGUGCUGGAGGAAGGACAGCCACGCGAGAAGCUCGAAUUUACCUUCAAACUUUAUGACAAAGACUGCAACCAACUCCUGGACAGCUCUGAGGUGGAUCGUAUAAUCACCCAGAUGAUGCGAGCUGCUGAUUACCUCGGGUGGGACGCGACUGAACUCAGACCAGUGCUCAAAGACAUGAUGACAGCGAUCGAUGUGGAUGGCAGCGGCACAGUCACUCUGGAGGAAUGGGUCAAGGGAGGCAUGAACAAUGUGCCUUUACUGGUUCUGCUUGGACUGAAGAUGACCGAGAGAGAUGGGCAGCAUAUUUGGAGGAUGAAGCACUUCAACAAACCAACAUACUGCAGCGUGUGUCACAGCAUGCUGCUCGGCCUCGGGAAGCAGGGACUCUGCUGCACCUUUUGCAAGUACACGGUCCACAGUCAUUGUGCCAACAAGAAUCCUGAACCCUGCGCCCGUACCUUUGUCAGAUCUAAGAAGGAGAUUGGAUGUCACAACCAAAACUUACAACCUGUAAAGGAACACAACAGUGAACUGGACCACUUUGGUCCGCUGCUCCAAGAGGUAGCAGCUCACGACUGGAUAAAAGCCGACAAGUCUACAAAGUGUCGGGUCUGCCACAAGAAGAUCAAGACUUUAGCUGGGAGACGCUGUGUGUGGUGCCAGGAGAUGCGUCACGAUGAGUGUAUUUUCUUGGGCUUGUCGUCCUGCGAUUGCGGACCACUGAGAGAUCAUAUACUGCCUCCAUGGGCCAUACACGCCGUCCCAAAGGAGGAAGACACCAGCUUGUUAAAUGUCACCCCUGAUGGCCACAUCCUGCAGAUUGUGUCGAUUCCAAACAUUCACCCUCUGCUGGUGUUUGUGAACCCAAAAAGUGGAGGAAAGCAAGGUUUACGAGUGCUGAGGAAGUUUCAGUACCUGCUGAACCCACGUCAAGUGUACAACCUCUCCAAUGGCGGUCCUGCUCCAGGACUACACUUCUUCCGCAAUCUGCGUGAGUUCAGAAUCUUGGUGUGUGGAGGAGAUGGCACCGUUGGGUGGCUCCUGGACGCUAUAGACAAAGAAAACCUGCAAGUGCAUCCUCCAAUAGCUGUCCUGCCUCUGGGCACCGGCAAUGACCUGGCUCGCUGUCUGCGCUGGGGAGGAGGCUACGACGGGUCAGACUUAAGAGAGAUCCUGAAGGAGGUUGAAGCUAGCGAGUUGGUUCCCAUGGACCGCUGGAGCAUCCAGGUGAUACCAGACGAUCCACAGGAAGCUGGAGACCCUGUACCCUAUGAGAUCAUUAACAACUACUUCUCUGUUGGAGUGGAUGCCUCUAUUGCUCAUCGUUUCCACUCCAUGAGAGAGAAAUAUCCCCAGAGGUUCAACAGCAGAAGGAAGAACAAACUAUGGUAUUUAGAGUUUGCCACCUCUGAGACCAUCUCUGCAUCUUGCAAGAGGCUGAAGGAGUGCCUCACAAUUGAGUGCCGUGGAAAGUUUGUAGACCUGAGCAGCAUGUCUCUUGAGGGCAUAGCUGUCCUCAACAUACCCAGCAUGCAUGGAGGCUCCAACCUUUGGGGCGAGUCCAAGAAGCCUAAUAGCGGGCCAGGAGUGGAGCACAGUGAAAUUAUCACUGACCCUGAACUUCUUAAAACAAUCUCUCAAGAUAUGAGUGACAAGCUGUUGGAGGUGGUGGGGCUGGAAGGAGCCAUAGAAAUGGGACAGAUCUACACCGGACUCAAGAGUGCUGGGCAUAGACUAGCUCAGACUUCUCAAAUUACCAUCAGGACAAUCAAAGCCCUCCCUAUGCAAAUCGAUGGGGAGCCCUGGAUGCAGCCCCCAUGUACAAUCCACAUACGUCACAAGAACCAAGCUAACAUGCUGAUGGCUGCACCAACAAAAUCAACCGGCUUCUUUCACCACAAGUAGCCUGACACAUCCACAGCAGCACCCUCCAGUCUGCUGAGAGCCAAGACGGGACGCCUACACCACUGCAAUGAUGCAGGGAGAGCAAUGAUGCAAGAGAGACGUCUGUCUCUGACUUUGUAACAGUGUGGUUCUUUUAUUCUGUAAUAGUGUGUGUUUUGGACUUAAUCCCUAAUAUAAUUGUACAAACUUGACUACUCAGUGUGAUUAUUGCUGUUGUGUGCCAACUGUAAUAUAAUGCAUUCAUUUUUGAGUCAUGUUGUGGAUCUUGUGUGUGAAUGAAUACAUUGUCUUAUUUUGUGA